CAAUGGUAAAGCACAAUGAGAGGAAGUGCAGUGUCCAAGAACCAUAACUGUAUUACAAACUGGCUGCAGGUAAAUGUUCCUGUUUACAUGAGCCAGGCCCGGGCUGCUGGUGCUCCAGUUGUGACAAGGGCAGGCGAGUACUUGGGCAGGCUUGAAGAGGCUACCAGGGAAAACAGGCAACAGGCACUCAACAAGGUGUAUGGCCUGGCCCCAGAAAUGUGGGAUCAGCUGGGGAUUUACAUCCAUCUCUGCUGGGAUUUCAUCCUGGAUUAUACCUACUGGGUCCAGGGUCACAUAGCAAACCUCUACAUAUAUGUCUACCAUUGGGUAGACACUAAUGUUUUACAAGGUGAUUUUUCAUCAAAGAAUAUACAGGAAAAUGUUUCCUGGUCAGCUUCUAAGGUGCAGAAUUUAACAUUGUCCGCUUUCCAGUGGUGUCAGCAGUGGUGGGUGAAGACGUAAUCACUCAAGCAUACAAGGAGUAUAUAUGUUAAAUAUGCAAGCAAUCUGCGUUCAUAUGUUUUUGUUAAAAGCAGUGUCUGUCAUUGGUCUACUCAGCUUUGCCAAUGUUGCAAGGUAACAUUGUUGUUACUGCUGUUUGCACAUUGUCACACUACACCACUAGUCUUACCCUUUGUUGUGGGCACAAAAUCUUUGUUGAAGUUGUUCAAAAUUUGAAGAAAAAAAAAAAGUUUAGUUUUUUUUCUGAAAUUCUUGUAAAUUAAAAUGGUCAUAGAAGAAUAGUUUUGGAUACACAUAUUGUAGGCAUAUUUGAUGUUCGAUAAAUGUGAUCUGAAAGAAAUAAUAAUGUUACUUACUAAAGGAUUUUUGUAAUAUUGUCUGAUAUUUGUGAAAUAUUGUUUAGUUUUGUGUUCUUGUUGUUCCUAACAGCCUCAGUUAUUUAUAUUAAUGGUGAUUGUAUGUGGGUGUAGGAGUAAUGACAUUGUUUCCUAUUGAUACCUGAAGGAAUUAAGAUAACUGUUGGAGAGUAAAAGUUUCCGUUUUCCCUAUUUUUUCAAUUCAAUUAAUACUCUAUCUGUCCGUUUGUAAAUAGUAGAGUUGCCACACCUACGUUCUGACUGGUUUUCUUUCAAUAUCUCACAUUGUGUUCCAUGUUUGUUGCCAAAGUUUUAAAGAUAUUUGUUAACCCCACCUGGUGGCAGAAAAGAAUUCAAUGCAAUUGAUGAUUCAUAUUUAUACAUGUAUUCAAGAUAAAAUAAAGUUGACAGCAUUUAA